AUGUCAAAUUUAUUCUUGACGGUUAGGGUUAGUCCUUUAUUGCCAUUUCGUCUGCUAUUUGAGAAAAAUCAAAGACUUCAUAGAUUUGCCAAUGUUGAUCAUAUAGAAGAAGGCAAAAGCAUUCCAUAUAAUGAUAACUAG